GGAAUAUGCACAAUUUCAAGACCACAGCACAGCUCCGACAACAAAGAGACUCGUGGAAGGCAGACAUCCGAAAAGUAUGUUAGAACAGUGGACAAAGACUACAUUACCUCAUAAGACCUCAGUCAGGAAGGCGAUACACGGAGCCAUGACUGAUCAUGUACCACCUACAGUGAUUGUGCCCACGCAGACUAAUAAUAAAACCAGUUGUAGGGCAUCUGGUUGUGCUAAGAAAGGUGAGACUAGUAAAACAACAAAAGGAGCUGAUUAUCCUACUGACAAAAUAUAUAAAACGCAGAAGGCAAACAGUGGAACAGAAAAUAGCAGCUGUAGCUCUGACUGUCCUGUACCGGGAAUCACUCCACCACCUGCCACCGACCUGGAAUAUGCCGCGCUUUCACCUGUCACCGGUAAAUCUGAUAAUGACCAUGCCAGCGCUGACGGGACGAUGUCAAAAAAGGUUAAGACUAUGACGGAUAAAACAUUUCAUUUGGAGGGACACUGGACACCUGAACAGGCUCAGUUUGUACAGAAAACAACACAAGGACCCUUUCACAGAGAGCCCUCAGAAGCUCAGGAGGCUAUCGCGACCGGGGUCACUUUACCUGAACCUGAAGAAACCGUGCUGUCCACAGUAAAGACUACUAAGCACACGCUGCACACUGAAAGAAACACAAAAACACAAUUAGGCAGAGGAGUUGGCGAAGAUGAGAUAUUUGAAGCACAAAAUGCCAGCAGGUCAGUACGUGCUGUGGCAAAGGGAGAGAUGGCAGCUCUGGAGUCUGGGCACAGCCUGUUACUGCCACAGCCUGAGCAGCCAAGGCUGGAGCACGCGAGGAGGACCUCACCUCAUCAGUAUCUCUCUGGUGUAACACAAGUCUCGGACGACCUUUGCGGCAGCGGGAACUACACUGCAGAGAUGAGCCUAAGCAUGGGUGGAGGUGUGGAGCCCGGUGAUGCUGUGCCUGCCCUGGGGACCCUCAGAGUGGUUAUCAACCUGAAGACAAACAACAGUCUGAUAAACCUUGAGGUCACCUCAUGUUGCCUGUCCCCAAAUACUCAGGCUGACCUUUCCAACUCCACCUGCUGCCUCUUCUCCAGGUUAGCAGCAGAGCCAGCGGGGAUCACUCUGCUGCCCAGUUCCUUGUCAACCAGCGCCAGCUUCACCAUCAGUCUCUUCCAAAUGAUUAAUUACUCAGUAGUGUACCUACACUGUGAUCUCAGCAUAUGCCCCAGGAACCACUCUGACUGUGAAAGGCAGUGCCUUCAUCACAGGAGUGCAUUUCCCUUAGGGGGUCCAGAGACUAUUGUCACCAAUCUCGGACAUCGCAUAUCCUUUGGUCCAUUGUUGAAACAAGUGAAGAAUUCUACCUUCCCGGAGGAGAUAGACCCGUCAGAGCUGGACUUGGUCCUGGUCGUCGUCAGCCUGGUGGUCGGCUUCUCUCUCGUCACAGUGAUGCUGCUGCUCGUGUGGCUGGCCUACCGUGGUCGGGCGGUCUGGCUGCUCCACUCGGCGGCUCCACCAAUAGCCUGCUGUCGCUGUCUACGCCCUGGGGGAGACUUGAUCCUCCCGUGACCAAGGGGGAACCACUGCCAAUUACACUGAUCAAGUCCUCAUCAAAAUAGCUGCAGACAAUUACAUUAGUCAACAGACAGUGGAGCGGUCAAUCAUAUUAGCCGUAGAGCAGAAGCGGUCGUAUCAGCGGGUAUAGGCCAGACUAGACAAUGAGGAGCGAUCCAAUUCACACCUCCACUCAUAGGUGACACAGCUGUUGCUGUCGAAUUUCACACUUAACAGUGAGCAGUCUAUUAUCAUUCACUGAGAAUCAACACAUCUCCAAAUAGAAAAGCUCCCCUGAUCCCUUUAUUUUUCUUCAGUGCCAGGAAAUCAAUAUGCUUCGCAUCCUAGUCUGAGACCGAUAGCGUGUUAAUAACAGUUUGAUAAAAAUAUAUGUAUGCAUUCGUGGCUUGGCACCUAUAUCGAGCGACUGUGAUGGACUGUUUUGGGAAAAUGUCAUGAGGAGCUUGUAUGCAAUUGUAAGAGAACAUGCAACGACCCUGCAGUGAUCAGCAUGUCUAAAUACGAUCAGGAGAUUAUUAUUACGCACCAUUUAAUAAUGGAAUAAAUAUUCACCUCAAGUAGCAGUUCUUCUUCAUAGAAAGUCUUUUAUUUGUCUGUCAAAAUGAAAUCAUGUUUGAGUGUGUUUUUAAUUACAAUAAAAUAACACGCGAUGGAAAU